GUUUGGACUGAUAUCACGUGGAUGCGGCUCUUACGUCGUCUCGUUCGCCUUAAUUAUAUAUAAAUAUUUAUUAGAUAAUUCACAAGGGUUAUUUCUUGGAAAAGAUGAUUCUGAGUACGCUACAUCGCGUGGGAACACUGGCACGAGCGAGUUUGUUGCACAAAUUUGAUCCGGUGAGAUCCAUCACCUUCUCAUUGGCACGUUGUUCCAACGAUGUCGAGACAAAAGACGAUAUUGCGCAAGAUGAGAAAUCGGAUGUAGAAACUGCACCAAAGAUUCCACCUAGAAAACAGGUUUCGGUAGAGACGAGCAUCAGAUAUAUGAAUAGUGACGCUUACAAGCAGACAUACGGCGACGAACCGGUGUGGAAGCCAUAUAGAAGAAAUUACAAGGGACACUUUGAACCUAAGAAAACUCGACAAACCUGUAUAAGAAAAAAUGUGAUAUCAACUGGAAAUCCCUGUCCCAUAUGUAGGGACGAGUAUCUCGUACUCGAUUACAGAAACGUCAAGUUACUUAAACAAUUUAUCAACGAACAAAACGGAGAUAUCAUAAGUUACUCGAAGACAGGUAUUUGCCAGAGAAAACACAAAGAACUUUUAGUUGCGUUAUUAAGAGCCAAGGAUUACGGAACUAUCACGUUUGACGUUCCUAGACGGGAAUACGAUUAUUCAGAUUGGAAACCAUCAGACAAUUAAACUUCAGUUACUCAUCUCU